UUUCGCGGCACGCGGCACCGAGAUGCGAGGCACCGAAGUCCAAAGACCGAACCCGUCGCACUGCGCACAAUCGCCUUCAACUAGCGUCAAUCGAGGCAGAAGGGCAAAGUGACGGGCAACACUAGGCGCAGCAGCUAGCUAGCUAGCUAGCGGGAUCGGACUACCCUGGGUGCCACCCCCGGGUUGGUAGUGCCCGUCCGUCAGUCGAGUGGACGAGUGGUGUUUCGAUCGGCAGUCGCAUCCCCUAGCCGCCCAAUUUUUCUUUUCCAACCCGAACUCACCCAGCAAGCGCAGCGUUACGCGUCCGUUACUACCAUGGCAGGCUCGAAGGUCGCGAUGGUUCUGGCGAUGGUUGGCGUGGUACUGCUGGUGGCGAUCCAGGCCGCUUCGGUACCGGAGCAGCGUUCCCAUCUCGAUCUGGCCGAGGUGGACUCGAGCGAGGAGCGCACCGGUGCGAUCGACCGUGUGAAGGACUUUUUCGGCGGUCUGUCGACCAAGGUGAAGGAGGGCGUCCAGGACGGGGUGGUCAAGGUGAAGGCAGGCGUCCAGCAGGGUGCCUCGAAGGCGAAGGAGUACGCAUCGAACGUGCGCGACUACCUCCGUGACACCUUCUCCAGUAACUCCAAGGAGGCAGACACUGCUGGUGCUGCUGCGACGACGGCGACGACGACGACAACCGUCAAGGUACCAUUGGCAGGCCACUGAUGUGACCGUGCACUUUCUAUUCUUUCCGCUCCCACGCGACAGCCACGAACAUUCUAGCGCCCGGACGGUCUGCUCUCUCUCUCUUUCCUGCUUUGCCUUGUCUGUGUAACCGAAGGUGUGCUGGUGUGAGUGUGUGUCGCGGGCUUCUGGCAAUAAAUUAGCUCUUGUUUUGCAUCGUA